CACCGCCAUGGCCGCCAUGCAGCAGCGCCUGGAGCGCUUCCUCCACAGCCCCGGCCCGAUCGGCGACCUGCUGGGUCAGCUGGAAGCCCGUACCGGCGUCCAACGGCUCUACCUGGCCUCAGGCUCCGUGACUUUCCUGGGGCUGUACCUCAUGUUCGGCUACGGCGCUUCCCUGCUCUGCAACAUCAUCGGCUUCGUCUACCCCGCCUACGUCUCCAUCAAAGCCAUCGAGAGCAACAGCAAGGAGGAUGACACCAUGUGGCUCACUUACUGGGUGGUCUACGGCGUCUUCAGCAUCGCCGAGUUCUUCUCCGACCUUUUCCUCUACUGGUUCCCCUUCUACUACGCCGGGAAGUGCCUGUUCCUGGUGUGGUGCAUGGCCCCGGUGCCCUGGAACGGCUCCCAGCUCAUCUACCACAGCGUCAUCCGACCCUUCUUCCUCAAGCACCACCAGGCUGUGGACAGCAUGAUGGGUGACAUCGGCACCAAGGCCCUGGACGCGGCCUCCAGUGUCACCCGAGAAGGCGUCAAAGCAUCCCUGAACCUGGCAGAGUUCAUGGAGAAGGUGAAGUAAGAGGGCACCGGGACCACUGGUACCGGCACCACAGCCCCGGUACUGGGACCAGUACCGGCACCACGCCUCCAGUACUGGUACCGGCAACCUCCGUUCUGGCACCGAAGUCCCCCAUACCGGCACUACAAACGCCGGUACCGGCACCAUGCUCCCGGUACUGGUACCGGCAUCCUCCGUUCUGGCACCGAAAUCCCUCAUACAGACGCCGGUACCGGCACCGUGCUCCCAGUACCGGCACCGUGGCCCUGCUAACGGUACCGGCCAGCCCGGGCCGUACCCGCCCGGGAUCCCGAGUUUCUGCAGUCCGACUCUGUUGUACCCCAGCCCCCCAAUAAACCCCGGUGCCCCCGA